AUUCAACAGCCGCACAGCACACCCUCAAAACCACCACUCGACGCGUCAAAUCCCACCUCCAAAACCCUCACAUCCUCUCCAAUGGCCGAUCCAUCGCCAAACCCCCCUCCCACGGCGGAGCCCACCCUCAACGGCGAGCCCACCCCAACAACCACAGCACCAGACCUCUCAUCCGCACCACCAACCCUCCCCGCCGCAGACAUCGAAAUGAAAGACUCACCCGAAGUCCAGCAACCCCCAACACCCCACAACCAAACGCCGCAACCUCCCUCCCAGGCGGCGCUCACCCCGCAACCUGCGCCCGUCCAGACCUCAACAUCUGCGCGGAACUCUCCCCAUCCUAGUUCUGGUCCGCAGGCUCCUCCCACGCAUGCGAUUCCCCAUGGCAGUCCUACGAGGGUUUAUCUGAACCAGAAUGUCACGCCGCAUUUGUUGGAGGCUAUGAAGCAUUUGAUUACGAUUGAGCCUGAGAAGCCGUUGAAGUGGCUCAGCGAAUUUCUCGCGCAGAAGAGUUUGGAGAUUGAAGGGCCGUGAGAGGAUUGAACGAUAUAGCAUGCAUGAGAAUAUUUCAGAAGUACUACUGGAGCCAGCGGAACGUUGGUUCUAGACUGGUAGGUCGGAGCACAGAGAGAAGCUUUGCUGGGAGUGGAUGAAGCAGUAUCAAAGUGGACGCACGGCGGAAGGGCAGCGUCUAUACAUGGGCGCGUACGAGGUCACUGCAAAAGAGAUACCCAAUGAUUGUAGGGAAACGAUAAAAGUCACAUUUCUUCACGAUACAAAUAAACACGAGCAUUGAAAAGUCAGGGUAUGGUGCUUUUAUUCAUUCCAGCCAU